AUGGAAGUUUCUACACGUUCAACAACAAGCAGCAUGGAUUUAAGCACAAUGUUCGCGGCUAUGAUGGAAAAAAUGGAAACAGCCAACAAGAACCUGGAAGCGAAAUUGAACGAAAAUUCGAAACAGCUUGCGGAGGUUAAAACUGAACUUCUAGCUGAAGUCAAAGAAGAAUUUCAAGAAACAUCUAGAGUCAACAAUGAGAAACUUCUUGCCGACAAUGAGAAACUUCGUUCUGAGGUUAAAGCUGAAGUCAAAGAAACUAUUAAACACUUAGCGGAAAUGGAAGCGAAACCUCAAGAAUCUCUUAGAGUAACAGAUGAGAAAAUUCAGGAAAUGUCUGAGGUUAUUAACUGCAGAAUGGAUGUCAUUGAUAAAAAGGUUUCGGACUUAGAAACAAAAGUGAAUAAUGUUCAAUGUCAAGAAGGAGCAGUUAUUAACAACAGAAUGGAUGAAAUUGACAAAAAGGUGUCCGACUUGGUAACAAAAGUGAAUAGUCAUCAGUAUCAAGAAGGAGCGGAAGAAAUGGAAGUUUCUACACGUUCAACAACAAGCAGCAUGGAUUUAAGCACAAUGUUCGCGGCUAUGAUGGAAAAAAUGGAAACAGCCAACAAGAACCUGGAAGCGAAAUUGAACGAAAAUUCGAAACAGCUUGCGGAGGUUAAAACUGAACUUCUAGCUGAAGUCAAAGAAGAAUUUCAAGAAACAUCUAGAGUCAACAAUGAGAAACUUCUUGCCGACAAUGAGAAACUUCGUUCUGAGGUUAAAGCUGAAGUCAAAGAAACUAUUAAACACUUAGCGGAAAUGGAAGCGAAACCUCAAGAAUCUCUUAGAGUAACAGAUGAGAAAAUUCAGGAAAUGUCUGAGGUUAUUAACUGCAGAAUGGAUGGCAUUGAUAAAAAGGUUUCGGACUUAGAAACAAAAGUGAAUAAUGUUCAAUGUCAAGAAGGAGCAGUUAUUAACAACAGAAUGGAUGAAAUUGACAAAAAGGUGUCCGACUUGGUAACAAAAGUGAAUAGUCAUCAGUAUCAAGAAGGAGCGGAAGAAAUGGAAGUUUCUACACGUUCAACAACAAGCAGCAUGGAUUUAAGCACAAUGUUCGCGGCUAUGAUGGAAAAAAUGGAAACAGCCAACAAGAACCUGGAAGCGAAAUUGAACGAAAAUUCGAAACAGCUUGCGGAGGUUAAAACUGAACUUCUAGCUGAAGUCAAAGAAGAAUUUCAAGAAACAUCUAGAGUCAACAAUGAGAAACUUCUUGCCGACAAUGAGAAACUUCGUUCUGAGGUUAAAGCUGAAGUCAAAGAAACUAUUAAACACUUAGCGGAAAUGGAAGCGAAACCUCAAGAAUCUCUUAGAGUAACAGAUGAGAAAAUUCAGGAAAUGUCUGAGGUUAUUAACUGCAGAAUGGAUGUCAUUGAUAAAAAGGUUUCGGACUUAGAAACAAAAGUGAAUAAUGUUCAAUGUCAAGAAGGAGCAGUUAUUAACAACAGAAUGGAUGAAAUUGACAAAAAGGUGUCCGACUUGGAAACAAAAGUGAAUAGUCAUCAGUAUCAAGAAGGAGCGGAAGAAAUGGAAGUUUCUACACGUUCAACAACAAGCAGCAUGGAUUUAAGCACAAUGUUCGCGGCUAUGAUGGAAAAAAUGGAAACAGCCAACAAGAACCUGGAAGCGAAAUUGAACGAAAAUUCGAAACAGCUUGCGGAGGUUAAAACUGAACUUCUAGCUGAAGUCAAAGAAGAAUUUCAAGAAACAUCUAGAGUCAACAAUGAGAAACUUCUUGCCGACAAUGAGAAACUUCGUUCUGAGGUUAAAGCUGAAGUCAAAGAAACUAUUAAACACUUAGCGGAAAUGGAAGCGAAACCUCAAGAAUCUCUUAGAGUAACAGAUGAGAAAAUUCAGGAAAUGUCUGAGGUUAUUAACUGCAGAAUGGAUGUCAUUGAUAAAAAGGUUUCGGACUUAGAAACAAAAGUGAAUAAUGUUCAAUGUCAAGAAGGAGCAGUUAUUAACAACAGAAUGGAUGAAAUUGACAAAAAGGUGUCCGACUUGGUAACAAAAGUGAAUAGUCAUCAGUAUCAAGAAGGAGCGGUAUGGAAUAUCGAGGUUAUAGCAGAAAAUGAGAGAAAUAUAGUCAGUGAAAUAAAAGAGGCAGUUUUAGAGGCUUUAAAUGAGAAGCAAGGUAAAGCUAAAAUCAAAUGCUAUAACUGCGGAAAAACUGGUCAUAUUCAGCGAAACUGCAAAGCAUCGAGAAAACGAGCCAGAUCUGUUUCGCCAAGAAACGAGCAGCAGGCGAAUCGUAGUUCAUCACAAGAGUCACCUUUAAACUAA